CAAACGCUUUUGUGAAUUCCUUUUAAGUAUAACAUAAACUUUAAGGAUGGCUGGACGAGGAGGGCGUGGUGGGAAAACAGGCUCGCUGACAGCGGAGCAGAUGCAGGCGCUCGGCUGUGUGGGCAAAGACAUGCCACAGGUUCAAUCGGCGCCACCUCCAACUUUUCCGCCGGUGCUCAACAAACCAAUCACACUGGAGACUACUGCAACGCAGAACUAUCAGCUGCUUUGGAAGGAGGACUUUUUAAACCGUAUUAGGGACUCGCCAUACUACAUCAUUUCCGCCAGCCAAGAGAAGAAAAAAACAGAUGUCAAAGAUUGGCGAGAGAAGGCUUUGGAGCGACUAAAGAACCGGGCACAGCCGGAGUUCAACUACAAAGCAAUGCCUCGAGAGCUAAAUUCAACAAGUCGAAAGCGAGCUGGAGGAGAACUCAAACCCAAACAAGUCGCCAAGAAGACUAACAUAGAAGAUAGAUUGAAACAGUUGGAGCAGAAAGAGCUUAAAAGUGGCGCUGAUAAUGAUAACGAGGAGGUCAAGCAGGAAUCCGAUUCGGAGCACGAAGAGGAGGAAGAUCCUGAAGCCGCACUGGACGAUGAAAUGGACGAGGAGAACGAUUAUGCCAACGAUUACUUCGACAAUGGAGAGGCCUAUAACGAAGAGGAUGACAACAUGGACGAUGGUCCCGUAUACUAAACCAGAAAUAAACAAACUGAUGAACAG